AUGGACACACGGCUUUUCAGGAGGCCUGCCCUCGAUCUGCUAGCGGGUAGAGGCCAAUGUCUGCUCUCACUCAAUGCCAGCUCCCGGCGACAGCAAUCUUCAUAUAGACGCUCGAAGCAACGGAUGAACAUCAAACCAGAUCAGUCCUUCGUCCUCUCCAACGAAUCGCCCCGACAAGACCACAUAAUCUUCAAUCCUCCGUCUUCUGCUCCCUCCGUCUACCACACGCCUCUUAAAUUCCUGCCAAAAGAUGACAAGAGGAGACAGCUUCUCGCUACUACCGCCUCGAGACUUCAACCCGCGAAAACAGAGCUUCCACCGAAGGUCAGACCCAACGGAAACCAUUUACCGCAUCACCACUUGAAGGAAGCGGACAUUGAGGAAAUCUAUAAGUUACAUAGGAAAGACCCGGAAGCGUGGGGAUGCAACAAGCUGGCGCGGAAGUUCAAUUGCUCGCCGUUCUUCAUCAGUAUUCUCCUGAAAGAGUCGGGUGUGGAUGAUACAAAGCGGAAGGAAGAGAGGGCUGCAAAGAGACAGGCGGUUAUGGAUGCAUGGGGACCACGGAGGAGGAAGGCAAUGGAGGAUCGGGACAAACGGUUUGAUCUCGCUCUUAUGGGCCAGUAA